AAUAUGGGAACGUCAUGGAAGUUGGCGGAUCAUCCAAAGCUACCCAAGGGAAAGAUGGUGGCGGUGGUAGUUUUGGAUGGUUGGGGUGAAACUUCUCCGGACAAAUACAACUGCAUCCAUGUCGCUGAAACACCAGCCAUGGAUUCUCUCAAAAAGAGUGCCCCAGAUAAAUGGAGACUGUUGAAGGCUCAUGGAACUGCUGUUGGGCUUCCUACUGAUGAUGACAUGGGAAACAGUGAAGUUGGACAUAAUGCCCUUGGUGCUGGCAGAAUCUAUGCUCAAGGGGCAAAACUUGUUGAUCUUGCGCUUUCUUCGGGAAAAAUAUUCGAUGAUGAAGGCUUCAAUUACAUUAAGCAAUGUUUUGCUAAUAACACCUUGCACCUCAUCGGAUUAAUGAGCGAUGGGGGUGUUCACUCGCGCCUUGAUCAGUUACAGUUGUUGCUAAAAGGGGCUAGCGAACAUGGUGCCAAGAAGAUACGAAUCCACGUGCUUACUGAUGGUCGGGAUGUUUUGGACGGUUCAAGUGUUACCCAUGCUGAAACGCUUGAAAAGGACCUCUCGGAGCUGCGUGGUAAAGGCAUUGAUGCAAAAAUUGCUUCAGGUGGAGGGCGAAUGUAUGUCACAAUGGAUCGUUAUGAGAAUGAUUGGCAAGUCGUAAAGCGUGGCUGGGAUGCUCAGGUUCUUGGCGAAGCAUCGAAUAAAUUCAAGAAUGCCGUUGAGGCCAUCAAGAAACUGAGGGAAGCUCCGAAUGCUAACGACCAGUAUCUACCACCAUUUGUGAUCGUUGAUGAUGGUGGGAAGGCUGUUGGUCCAAUUGUGGAUGGUGAUGCUGUUGUCACAUUCAACUUCCGAGCGGACCGUAUGACAAUGCUUGCCCAAGCUCUCGAAAAUGAGAAAUUUGAUAAGUUUGAUAGAGUCCGAAUGCCCAAAAUUCGAUAUGCGGGAAUGCUUCAGUAUGAUGGGGAGUUGAAACUUCCAAGUCAUUAUCUUGUAUCUCCUCCAUUGAUAGAGAGGACUUCUGGUGAAUAUCUAGUGAAUAAUGGUAUUCGCACCUUCGCCUGCAGUGAAACCGUGAAGUUCGGUCAUGUAACAUUUUUUUGGAAUGGAAACCGAUCUGGAUGUUUUAAUUCUGAGAAGGAAGAAUAUGUGGAAAUUCCGAGUGAUAGCGGAAUCACCUUCAAUGUCAAACCAAAGAUGAAGUCUCUUGAGAUCGGUGAGAAAGCCCGUGAUGCCAUCCUUAGCGGGAAAUUCGAUCAGGUACGAGUGAAUAUACCAAAUGGAGAUAUGGUUGGACAUACCGGCGAUAUUGAGGCUACAAUCAUCGGCUGCAAGGCUGCUGAUGAAGCUGUUAAGACUAUCCUUGACGCAGUCGAGAAAGUGGGCGGAAUAUAUAUAGUCACCGCAGAUCAUGGUAACGCCGAGGAUAUGGUGAAACGAGACAAGAAAGGGGAGCCUCUUGUUGGCAAAGAUGGAAAAGUUCAAAUCCUAACGUCACACACUCUUCACCCGGUGCCGGUUGCAGUCGGAGGUCCAGGGUUAGCUGGAGGAGUGAAGUUCCGGAAGGACGUACCAAAUGGUGGACUUGCUAAUGUUGCAGCAACAGUUAUGAAUCUUCAUGGAUUUGUGGCACCAAAUGACUACGAGACAACACUUAUUGAAGUCGUUGCUUAA